AUGACUAAUGGCGAUAAAAAGAAGAAAGGCAGAAAGAUAAACGAGGAAACAGAAAGUGAAGUGUUAUCCAGUGACGCUGGCAGCGCAGUGCUGAAGUCUCCUGAUGUCGACCAGGUGUCGGAAUCCUUUACAAACCUGACAAACUCAUUCUCCUCACACACUGAUCCUGAUCAGCAACCAGAAACUGAUGACUUUUACCAGAUCCCUUCCCUUUCCAGUGUCAUUAUUCAGAGAUAUGAAGGGGAAAGAUGUAAAGGACAAUUUCAUGGAGAGGGUGUUGCUUAUUUUCAAGGAGGCCAUGUGUACAAGGGCAUGUUUUCAGAGGGGCUCAUGCAUGGCUAUGGCGUCUACACAUGGGCAGAUGGAGUCAAGUAUGAGGGAGAGUUUGAGUCCAACAUGCUGAUGGGCCGUGGCAGGUAUACCUGGCGGGAUGGCAGCUCCUAUGAGGGUGAGGUGUACAACGCUAUAUGUCAUGGCACUGGAACCCACAUAUGUGCCAACACUGUGGUGUACACAGGGCAGUGGCAUCAGGGCAGAAGGCAUGGAAAGGGUACAAUGUACUAUGAUAAGGAUAAGAGUUCCUGGUAUAAAGGAGACUGGGUGAACAACAACAAAGAGGGAUGGGGAUUGAGGUGUUACCCCUCUGGUGACAUUUAUGAGGGUGAGUGGAGGAACAAUGUGAGGCACGGACAGGGCACGAUGAGGUGGCUGAAGCUGGCGCAGCAGUAUAGUGGCACAUGGCAGAAUGGUGUCCAGUAUGGGCAAGGUGUGCAUAUGUGGCUCCUGAGGCGAGUGCAUGGCUCUCAGUAUCCCCAGAGGAACGAAUACAGGGGGAACUUUGUUCAGGGUCAGAGGCAUGGAAAGGGAACCUUCUACUACGCUGGAGGGGCACGUUACGAUGGAGAAUGGAAGAACAAUAAAAAACAUGGAAAGGGAAAGUUCACUCAUAGGAAUGGGCAUGUCUUUGAAGGAGAGUUUGCAGAUGAUCAGAUGGUGACCCCUGCACUGAGUGGAAUUAGACCUCGCGCACCUCAUGGUGCAUUUUCCCAGAGACCGUCAGACCCAACUAAUGAUUUAUUUACACUGGUACCAGACAUGGCUCUGAACAUAGAGUCUCUCCUGGAGAAAAUCCCCCAGACGCAAGGGAACAUGGAGCGCCAACAGGUGGAGUUUGUGAUCAUGAGGCACAAUGCCGCGCUGAGGUCCAUCUACAGCUUCUACAGCCGACUUGGCAAGGCCCAGUCCCCAGAUAACACCUUCCUGCUGACCCGCCUGCAGCUCUGGCGCUUGCUCAAAGACUGCAACGUCCACCAUCGCGGCGUCACUCUGGCUCAAGCUGACCAUUUUAUUAGGGGUGCCUCAGAGGACGUGCCUCCAGAAGAGAUCCACUCUCCCUUCACUGCCAUACUGCUCCGCACACUCCUCAGCUGUCUGGUGAUGGUGGCCUACCAUGCUUACCAUACGGACAUGGCGUCAACAAAGAACAUUCUGGCGUCAUGCUUUUCCAAGCUGAUGGAGGACAAUAUCCUUCCUAAUGCAAAGAAUGUAAAAGGCUUCCUGUUCAUUCACCCACUCCGUGUGGUGGUUGCUCAAAACUAUCUUGAGAGGUGUUGGGAAAUCUACCAGGCUUACUGCGUGGUCAAACCGCCCCCCUUAGCUGACCAGACCAUGACCUACCGACGCCUGGUGUGGAUGUUCAAGGAUUUCGGCCUAUUGGACACUAAGCUGACCCCAGUGAAGUUACUGGAGAUCAUUACUGCAGAGAACAUCAACCCCAGCAACCCAUCAUACUGCAACCUGGAUUUGGAGAUUACAUUCCUGGAGUUCUUCGAGGUGCUCCUGGGUUGUGCAGAGGUGAAGUGCCAGCAGGUGGUGGAAUCCUCUCAGGAGGACCGGCGGCAGUCCAGUCCUGAGCCAGAGGCCCGGAGGGAUUCACCAGUGCACGAGACCAGCAGCAGCAGCACCCUGCAGACAACCAGCUGCACCUCCCAGUCGGCUGUAGGGCCUCUGAACUCCCCCAUCUCUCCUGAAGUCGCCAGUCCCAAGUCGGAUGAGAUCAGUAAACUCCAAGAACACCUGCAGUUUUCCGACUCUAAAGAAACGGAGGCUCAAAAGAAUGUCAACACUGCAGUCAAAUCUCAGACAGCAGUGGACAGUGAUUCUGCUACUCUGUUGUCAGACAUUGAGAGAGGGGAGGUUUCCCGACGGAGAGAGUCCUUUGCAGGUGAGACCAUGGUGAGCCAAGAGCCAGGACUAGAAGCUAAACUGACCAGCAAUCAUUCCCACCUACAGAGAACAGAGGAAAGUGAAGUCGAAGGGGCACGAGUCAGAGGGACGGACGCCAAAGACAGUGAACUGGACCUCUGGAUCCAGAGCAUUCAUCAAUUUUUCAGCCAUGUUUUCUUCCCAGCUCAUGACCAUAACAAGUUAGUGAUCAGUGAGGUGGAGGAGGAGAAGCUCCGCCAGGUGGCACAGAGACGCAUCGCUCUAGCCAAAGCUCAAGAGCGAGCCAGGCUGAGAGAACAGUUAGUGGCUGAAGAAGAGAGGCGCCAGAAGGAGAAAGAGGAGGUUACAGAGAAAUCUGAUGAGCCGGAUGAUGAAGUCAGCUCUUCAACCCCAGUGCAUCCUACACCAGUGGCCUCAAACACUUCCAUCUCAGGCGCUCCUGCAGCUAAAUCGUCCACAGACACAGCAUCCAAAAAGAUGAAACAAAUGUCCAGAGCCCUGAACUAG